GCUCGCCGCAAACCGCCGCGGUUGCCGCCGCCGCAGCCGCCGCCGCACCGCACCAACCACUACUACGUGCGCCGCAACUCCCCGGUGCCCAGGCACUCCUCUAGCCUCACGCUGUUCGCGCGCGCCCACGAACCAAAGAAAGACAAGUUGGAACACGGAGCUGAUUUAUCGCGACCCGAGAGGCCGAACUCCUUGAGCGCAGGCAAGCUUCCGAGGCGGAUAUGUUAUCAAGGGGACGUGGCGGGGUAUGGCGCGGCCGGAGACGCCAUGGGCACCAACGUGGAGGAGCAGCUGAUGCUGUCAGAGCUGCCCGAGCCGCCCAUCGCCGUGUCGGAGAUCGGGCCCAUCCCGCCGCCGCCCAUGUUCAGCUCCCCGAGUCCCACCAGGCACCACCAUCAGCACCAUAUGCCGCAUCCGCAAUCCGACUCUGAAGAUGAGGACGACCAAGAUGAUGACGAAACGGAGGCGCCGAGCGGUGCGGACAUGUCACGCGUAGAAGAGAUCCCACCUAAAGAACCCAUCUUCAACGCCGUGCCGCUCAAGUCUGCGCUCAAGAAGCGCCCCAUGACCAACGCUUCUCCUGGGGCCACUCCCUUGGCUACGCCGCUGGCACCGAGACAGGACCACCACCAUGCAAGCUUCAAGCGGCCGCCGCCGAAGCCAAGGAUCCGCAUAUGCAGUCGGCCGGUGCGAGUUGGCAACACUCUGGAGAACAAGGAAAACGCGCGCCCGUGGGAGGGAGAGUACCGCGACGGAGACUACUCGAGCGAGUCUGAGCGGGUUGCGGCCAAACUCGCGCGGAAAGAGAGUCUCAAUAUCAAACUGGCACUCAGACCGGACCGGCAGGAGCUUAUUAACAGAAAUAUACUGGUGGUGCAGAGUGAGUGCGAGAGGCAGGAGUCGUGGGAGGCGAUAGGAGCGCGCCUCAUACGCCGCCUGUCCAUGCGGCCCACCGCUGAGGAGCUCGUCGAGAGGAACAUCCUAAAAAGCCAGUCGCCAGCUGAAGAGAAGAAACAGAAAGAAGAAAAGAAACGGUACCUUCUGCGCAAGCUCAGCUUCCGACCCACAGUCGACGAGCUCAAAGAGAAGAAGAUCAUCCGCUUCAACGAUUACAUUGAAGUCACUCAAGCGCACGAUUAUGACCGGCGCGCUGACAAGCCGUGGACACGGCUGACACCGCGGGACAAGGCGGCCAUCCGGCGGGAGCUCAACGAGUUCAAGAGCUCCGAGAUGGCCGUGCACGAAGACAGCAAGCACCUGACCAGGUUCCACAGACCAUGACGCCUGUGCCUUUACCCGGGUGCGGUGAGGGGUGAGAAAACGAGGGGUUGACAGCGGCAGAGCUAAAAGACAACAGUAGCGGAGCUUCUUUCUAAUCAUUUAGUACUGUUGGAAGGUCGAGCACGCACCGUGCACGUACCCGCACUCUAGACGACCCGCUGGUACACGCUCCGUGUACGCACGCAGCGACGAUAAACUGUUUACUAUUCUAAACUGUCGCCUGCCCGCAAGCUCUCGUGUUCGGUGAUCACCUCCGUAGGUCACCUGCAUCGUAGCGUCGUCGAGUACAAUUUGUUAUUACUGUUUGAACAUUGUAUAUUAAUUUCGCGUAUUUUAAGCGUACCGAUACAUUCUUUGACCUUCGCGAAGGUUAGUGAUACUUUGAUUGUGGUCGAUUGUGAGUUUAUGAAGCUCUGUGAGAUGUACGAAUUUUGUUUUUAUGUGAAACGAUCCGACUUAGGAAAUUAUGUAGAAAUGUGAUUUUUAGUACGCUAUAUAAAUUAGCUAUAUAGUCCACGGACUAGUAAAAAAAUAAGGACUCCCUGUCACCUUACAUAACAGUGUAGCACCAAUACAAGCCGAUUUACGUGUAAAUACAUAGCCCACACACUUACACUACUACAGGCCGAUAGGCGGCCAUUAUGAGAAUUGUCAUCGUUUGUGACAGAUCAGUUUGCGUGUCAAUAAAAUAUUUUAAAAACGCCGUCGUAUGUUGUGAAAAAGUGUAAAAACGAUACUAAAUAAGUAUUUGUGGCCAUAUAUGAUUAUUUAAGGGAGAAAAAAUUGUGUAACUAAUAUCCCCCGCAACCGCACACACACACUAGCAUAACGGUGCUUCACUUGCUAAUAUCACGGCGUUGAGUCCUUCUUUUUUUACUCGUCCGUGAUGUAGUCAUUAUGCUAGAAGUGUUCGUAUUUAUUUCAUUCGCGGACCACGCCUCUAUGUUUGUAUAAAUUUGUUUAUACGUUGCCGUUAAAACGAUUCAGUUCAUUGAAGUAGAAAUUAUACAAAAGAGAUUUCAGUGUCCAUAUUGCUAUAUCUCAAGUUUUCCUGCUCAAUACUGCCAUAGAAUUUUAUUUUUUAAAGCAACUAUUUUUGUCACCAGUCUUGACUCUAAUAUAUAUUAUAAGCUUAUAUAAAAGUAUUAAAUAAUAAUUUUUUAUUCGAUUAAUAUUGUAAUGGUGUUUGUUGAGAAAUCAUUUAUUUAAUUCAGUAUAAAGAGUUUUAAGUGAGCUUGAUAUUAUCACAUCUGAGUUUUCUUCAUAGGUACAACUGAUAUUACAAAGAUGUCUCAAAUGAUAUAAUUAUGUGUAAAUGUAAUGUUUGUGAUGCUCAAUGAACGAGUGGUUUUACUGAUUUUUUUUUUUAAUUUUUAGAUAAUAUUCAGAAUUAGAUUUGCAACCAAAAUAUAUGAACGAUGUGGGAAUCGAACCCGCGACCCCUCGAGUUCCGUCCGAGCGCUCUUCCACUGAACCAACAGUUCGAGUGAUGCAUUGAUCGUAAAUUUUGGUAUGUCUUGUUCAACGCUCAGGUUGUGGCUCCAUCUCCUCCUUCGAAAGUUUGGCUCAUUGGAAGAGCGAUCGGACGGACCCGAGAGGUUCGGGUUCGAGUUCCGCAUCGUUCAUAAAUUUUGAUUGCACAUUUAAUUUAAUUAAUCCCAGAAGUGAGGGUUAUCACUUUAAAAAUAACAAAUUAUUCAGUUACUUAUUUGAAAUCGUGAAUGCAAGAAAAUUACUAUUAGUGCGAACAGUGUUGCCGAUGUCUGGCUCUCGUUUGCUCUUUCUGGUUUUAUUGACAUUGUAACACGCUUUUAUCAGACGUUUGUUCGAAUGAAACUCCCAUUUUUGAUGUAUUUAGUAAUUUGGUGUAUUACUGUCCCGUGCCAUAAGCGUUGGCGGAUUAUAAUGUGAGGUGUUUUUUUCAUACUUAUAACAUCGAAUAUAUCCUUCAAAGAUACUCGAUAAUAUUUUAAUCCUGUAACGUUAUUGAAUUGCAAUAAUAUUGUACAAUUAAUGUUAAACGAAAUGGUUCCAUUGUAGUAAAUUGUAGAUUAGGCGAAUUGGCUCGGUAAUGGACGCUUGUCUAUUGCUAUAGGCUGAUUUAUUUCUGGCUUACGGCUCUAGAAACUUCGGCGGGAACAAAUUGUUAAACAGCAGUCGCUCUAAGCUCAUGUGUAGAUUAAGUGGUUCUAAUGUUAAAUAAAUUGAUGAAGAGUAAAAAUAAUUUUGAACGUAUUAAGGCUCUUUGUUGAAUACUAUAUAUAUUCAUGUUUUCUUAAAAAAUAUUCGAGAGAUGAUAUUAUAUUACAAAAAAAAAUCACGAUAUGAUACAUAGAAUUUUUCGAACCGAACGAAGUUAAUAUACUUUUUUUUUUGUAUGAAAAUACGGGACGGUACGAGCAGGACGUUCAGCUGAUGGUAAUUGGUGCGCCCUGCCCAUUAC